AUGGUAACCACAGAUAUUGGUGGGUGGAUAAUCAUUGUUCUGGCUUUCACUUUCAAGACUGCUAUUCUUGGGGAGUCGUCUGACAAGAGUGGAGAGCUGGAAAAGGAAGAGCAUUCACUAUUCAAAAUUGUCUCAAUGCAGCCGAAUGCACAUGGCGGCAAUUCGUCAGCAAUUGUCUGGAAAUUCCAGAACAAUGCAGUUGACAAGAGCAAAUUACAACUCUCGUUUACUUUCUACUGGGGAUCUGCUCGUAAGGUAGCAUCGUCCACCAUGUCUUCUUUCUUAUUCUCUUCCUAUUCGAAAUCUGCCAAGACAACAGUUGUUGAGGGAUUGCGUGGAUUUGCAUAG